UCUGGCCCUUUGAACGUCAUCACGUUCAAAACGUCUCACGCCAAACACCGCUUGCACAGAGUCUGGGAGGUAAUACGAAGACGUUUUGUGUAUAAUCACGCAUAUACUUUCCCAAAAUGAGUAGUUCGGAGGAAGUUUCAUGGAUUUCUUGGUUUUGUGGUCUACGAGGAAACGAGUUCUUCUGUGAGGUGGAUGAGGACUAUAUCCAGGAUAAGUUCAACCUCACUGGACUCAAUGAGCAGGUUCCACAUUAUAGGCAAGCCCUUGACAUGAUAUUGGAUCUUGAACCUGAUGAAGAGCUAGAAGACAACCCCAACCAGAGUGAUCUGAUUGAGCAGGCGGCUGAGAUGCUGUAUGGCCUGAUUCAUGCGCGGUACAUUCUGACCAACCGUGGCAUUGCUCAGAUGUUGGAGAAGUAUCAACAGGGUGACUUUGGCUAUUGCCCUCGUGUUUACUGUGAGAACCAGCCAAUGCUGCCCAUUGGACUAUCUGACAUCCCUGGUGAGGCUAUGGUUAAACUCUACUGUCCCAAAUGUAUGGAUGUGUACACGCCAAAGUCCUCCAGGCACCAUCACACUGAUGGGGCCUAUUUUGGAACAGGCUUCCCCCACAUGCUCUUCAUGGUGCAUCCUGAGUAUCGGCCAAAGAGGCCUGCGAACCAGUUUGUUCCCAGGCUCUAUGGUUUUAAGAUCCACCCUAUGGCAUACCAGCUACAGCUGCAGGCAGCCUCCAGUUUCAAGAGCCCUGUCAAGGCCAUCCGCUAGGAUUCAGGUGGGGGGGAGAACAGAGCUACUGGGGAGACAGGAUCUGGGGCCGUGUGUCCGUACAUGGCCUCACACUCCACCAAGAGAGACCAUUUGUUUUAGAUUAGGUUUGAUUGAGAAAAAUGUUCAAUCAUUGACGAUAUAACCUUGAAAAAAGAAAGAAACAAAAAAAAUUCUAUCUUUCUCCUUACCUUACACGCGUGUGCGCGCACACACACACACACACAAACACACACACACACACACCCACACACAGAGACACAGACAUGCAAACGCACACAGUGUGUGGAUGCUGCGCAAACAUUGUUGUUUCUCUUAUUAAAACUGUCCCUUCUCACAGACAUAGGACCUAAAGCUAUAACCGAAGACAGAUCAGUCUUGUAAAAUGGAAUUGCUCUUUUUUUGGUGUCAGGAGAAAGUUGUUUGGUUUGGUCACAAAGGUGGUAGAAGUUAAAUAAUAAUUGCUUAUUGUCCUGCCCCCCCCCCCCCCCCCCCCCAACCUCUACUUUGUGACUGUGCCAGGACAGAGACUGCAGGGAGAAAGCAAUUAGGAAAAUUACAUGUCAUCUGAUGUUGAAUUCUCAGCCAAACAAUGGUUUUAUGUAAGUUCAUAGGUGCAUCGUGGCCGAUUUCUUUGUUCGUUGUCAACAGAAUGGUUAUCCUUAGUGUAUGUUAGUUGACAGUAGUAGCCAAUGUUUUCAGCAGUUCAUCUUCAGCAGUCUCUCAUCAGUCCAGUGCAAGUUUCUUUUAAACCUCAAUAUUGCACAGAUAUUCUCCUCAGAAAUACUUUUUUGUUCCUGCCAAGGUCCUCCACAGUUUGCUUAUUAUUUAUGUAAGCUCUUUGAAGAGAUGAUCACCACAGAUUGAAAAAUAUUUUAGUAUCUUUUAGCCUCUCCUAAUUGGGCAUCUGACAUAGAAAAGCAUGAGACUGAGGAGUCUUUAGAAUGCAUUGGUAAAUAUUAUCUCUUAGUGGUUUUGUGUUUUUUGUUGAUCUUUGGUAUUUUUCAUUUACAGCUAUUCAGGAACCAGGGUUCAGAAUUCACAAUAAACUUUUCCUAUAAUA